AUGUCAGGAUUUAGCCCUUCAGUUAGUUCCCUGGAAGAAAUGGACAACGGAACUUUUCUUCAUGUGUUUCCAACCUCUCUUUCAACUUCAGCAGAUUCAUCUCCUUUGUCAAGUCGAUUAUCAAACGUUUAUGUAUAUGUUUCCAUUUUCCUAAGCUUGCUGGCAUUUUUGCUGUUGCUACUAAUUAUUGCUCUUCAGAGACUAAAAAAUAUAAUUUCUUCAACUUCAUCGUACCCAGAGUAUACUAGUGAAGCUGGAAGCUCGUUCACUAACUUAGAAGUUUGCAGCAUUUCAUCUCAGCGAUCAUCAUUUUCUAAUCUUUCUUCAUAA